CAGAGAGAGAGAGAAAUUAAGUUUAAUUUCGAUUAAUUUCAUCCUAAUAAUAUCGCGGAGGAGCAAGGGUGGAGGCUCGUGCAAGUAAGUUGGCACGUGUCAGAGAUUAAAAGGCGCAACAAGAGGCCUCUACCCUUAAGUCGAGGCCGAAAAACCGACGAGAUUACGAGGAACCUCUCGCAUCGCCUCUCCCCGAUAGCGUAGGUCGAGCCAUCGGGACGAUGAUGAACUACGGCUCGUCCCUCCUCGCGUAAAUCCUUGCCCGGUCUAAAAUCCAUGUGGGUGCCGUGAAACACGCCUCGACCUGCGCCUGUAUGAGUGCGGCCGAGCUCCCUUGUGUUGCACGCCAAUACGAGCGAGUUUCUCGAACGCGGUCUUUAGUUUCGAAUAAGCAUUCGUCGAAGAUAGAGGACCCCUCCUCGAUUUAUCCUUUAACCGCCGGCUUUCCUCUUCCGGCUUAACUCUUCCAUCCUCGUGUCCUCCGCCCCCCUCCGCCCUUCUCGAUCCUUGGCCCGAAAAGUUUUCACCUUUAAUCCCACUUGUGACCGCCUGCAAAUAAAAACGAAUUUUAUAAUCCGACCUUUCAAUUCUUAAUCUUAACCAUUCGAAAUCUGGGGGAAAAUCUUAGCAAUUAGGAAUUUUCGGAGAAAAGAUAAAAUUUGCAUUGUUCGGUGAAUUUAAAAAAAAAAAGAAAAGGAAGCAAAUUUGAGGAAAGAAUUGUUUCGAAUUUGAGGAAGGAAAAGGAGUAUGUACUUUUUUUUGUGAAAUUUCGAAAUUUCGAAAUUCGUGUCGUUCCAAAGGAUUUUGAAAGAGAGAAAAGAGGAGUUAUUACCAAAUUGUGAGAAAUAUAAAGCUGUCCAAUCUAGAGGGACACAAAGGAGGUGACUGUUCGUUUCGGUUUUUGAUUUCUCUUUGAAGGAACUCAUGAAAAACCUACUCCUCGUGCGGUCGAAUCAGUGGGAACAAUUGAUCUGCAGAUAUUACUGUGUUACCUAUCAUGUGAUUACUUUUUCUCACAAUGUAAACCAAUGACGCGAAAUCGAAUUCCGACUCUCAAAAGUUUCGAGUGAUAAACGAAUCAAAAUGGAUCAAUGCCAAGGAAAAAGUGAAGCUCUUAGUGCGAGACGAUAGUCCUUCUUUUUUUUUUUUUUUUUUUUUUUAAACGGGGGUGGUUUCCUUCCAUUUUGGUCCCAGAAUGGAGAGGAGAAGAACGCCGAGGAGAAGAGGCCUUUCCUCCGCGGAAAUUCGACAGGAAUUAUCAGUAAAUGCGUCCACACAACAAUCGGAAGUAAUAGCGAGGUUACUGCCUAUCAACGGGAACCCCGAGAUCACAGGAUGCAAAGAUCGACCUCAUAUUUGUGGAAAAGAAGCGGCAUGUCGUAGCUUUAAAGACAACACAUCCAAAUGCGUCUGUCCGCACGAUCUAUCCCCACCUACAACAGAUUUGAAAUGUCCAAACCGUCUAAUAGUUCCCCUAACACCUCGACCUAUACCCAACAUAAUCCCUCCAAAUGGUAAUUCUACCAACAGCACGACUGCUCUUCCAGAAGCAGAACAGUAUUUUCAUACUGUUCAACAGGCAGAGCGUGUGAGACAAAAGGUACCUGAAAUAAUAGGAAUCACCAUAGCAUUCGUCGCGGUAUUAGCAAUAUUGUUGAGUAUAGUCUACUGCGUGAAGAAAAGAAGUUAUAACGUGAAAUCGCAGAGGAAUUCCCUGGAUGGAACACCGAUGAAUCUGAAAAAGGGAUUGCUGCUAGCGAAUAAGUACACACCUAACCCACAGUAUUUCAGUUGCGCCUCGCCGGAAGUGUCGAUUCUGCAACGUGAGUCUCUUGCAUUUUUGCAAGAAAUUGGCGAAGGGUGUUUUGGAAAAGUAUACAAAGGAGAAUUAUGCAUAGGGGAUUCGAAAGAGAUCGUCGCUAUAAAAGUUUUGAAAGAGACUGCACCGCGAGAAGCUGAAGAAGAUUUUAUGCGAGAAGUCGACAUCAUGUCCACAUUUGGGCAUAGAAAUAUUUUGUCGUUGAAGGGUGCAGUGCUUCGUGAAGGUAAUAGUAGUCCAUGGAUGGUUUUCGAAUACAUGCCGUAUGGAGAUCUCGCUGAAGUUUUACGAUCGAACUCUCGACAAUUUAAUAGAUCGCCGAAACCUGAGAUGCAACCUUUAACUGAGGAAUCUUUACAUUGGAUAACAAUCCAAAUUGCAGCUGGUAUGACAUAUUUAUCGGGUCAAAGAUUCGUUCAUAGAGAUUUGGCAUGUAGAAAUUGUCUAGUUGGUUAUGAUUUCAUUGUUAAAAUAGCAGAUUUUGGGAUGUCAAGAGAUGUUUAUACUUGCGAUUACUAUAAGAUAAAGGGCUCUAGACUUUUACCAAUCCGUUGGAUGUCACCGGAAAGUGUAAUGUACGGGCGAUUCACAUUGGAAAGUGACGUAUGGAGUUUUGGCGUUGUUCUAUGGGAAGUCUAUUCCUUUGGCAAACAACCAUAUUAUGGACAUAAUAAUGAAGAAGUAGUGAAGCUAAUUUUUCAAGGCAUAAUGCUUAUACCUCCGGAAGGAUGUCCACCAUUUGUCUGCCAAAUAAUGCGAGAAUGUUGGAAAACUGAUCCUAAGGAUAGAAUUAAAUUUCCGGAGAUAUUAGAAAGACUGGAGAAAGUUAAAGUUAAGACAAUCCAAGAUACAUUACCAAGACCACCUCAAGGUCCAGUCACCAUUCGUACACCAGACGUGUUAGAUCCUGAUGGCUAUUUAUUACCAGCACCGGCAAAACCCCACGAAUACUUGCAAACUUUACCAUCUUUGUCCGAUUGAUAUUCAUCAAAAUCAUACAUGUUCAACAGAAGUUCAAAUAAAAUAAUUAAAAUUUCUAAAUUGGGGGGGAAAAAAAAA